AUGCUACUUCUGUUGAUUGUUUCGUUGUGUGCCACCUACCUGUUCUACUUGUACACUAAACGACAACAGCGGCUAAAGGAGCUUCGUGACGUCAUUGCUAGACGGUUGAUAGAACGUGAAGAAUCCAUAGCGCUAGCAGAAAAAUCAGCUGCGCUAGUAGCUCUAGGAAAAAGAGAAGAAAUAGCAAAAUGGAAUUUCCAGGAAUUGAGAGAAAAUCUUCAAAAAGGCACCGUAACAUGUGUGGAGGUGUUACGAACGUUUCAAUGGAAAGCAAUAAUGGCACACAAGAAGACCAACUGUAUAACACUUUUUAUACAGGAAGCUGAGCGAUGGGCAGCCGACUGGGACGCCAAGGCCGCAGAACCGGGAUUCAAGAAACCUGUAUUUUUCGGGAUCCCAAUAAGUCUCAAAGAAUGCAUAGCUGUAAAAGGAUAUGACACAACACGUGGACUCGCCCAGGAUGUUUCCAAGCCAUCCGAUUCUGAUUCGGUCCUUGUUCAACAAAUCAAGUUAUUAGGAUUCAUCCCAUUUGUACAAACAAAUGUAUCACAACUUCUGAUGUCGUACGGUUGUAGUAAUCCCAUUUACGGAGCUACAAGCUCCCCGUUAGACAGUUCACGGACAAGCGGCGGCUCAUCCGGUGGUGAAUCUGCCCUCCUGGCUGCUAAUGGAUCUGUCAUCGGAAUUGGUGGAGAUGUGGGUGGUUCGAUUAGAGUUCCAUGUCACUUUACUGGAACGGCCGGAAUUAAGCCCUCACAUCUACGAUUCUCCCAUCGUCAUAGUCCUGGUGUUGUGCCGGGACGUCCGUUGGUGAACUCUAAUGAGGGACCAAUGACUCUGGACAUAAAGACCUCAGCUGAUUUCCUGAAAGAGAUAUGGAGCAAUAAUUGGAUCACUGAACACGAUCCAUACGUUCCACCUGUGCUAUGGAACAAGGAGAUGUAUCGUGAAGGUGCAAAAUAUCGUGUCGGAUAUUAUGUAGACGAUGGAUGGUUCACUCCUGCUCCAGCUAUUCAGCGAGCUGUGCUGGAGGCAAAAACGCACCUGGAAGCAGCCGGCCAUGUUGUGGUGCCUUUUCAGCCUCCAGAUGUUCCAGAAAUGAUGCGCCAAUUUGUACGAGCUGUAUGUGUGGAUGGAGGAUCUUUCGUAUUCAAUAAGCUAACUGCUGACAUCAUCGAUCCAUCACAUUAUGGUCAGAUAUUCAUGGUUCUGAUACCGAUAUGGCUUCAACGGAUUAUCGCUUAUCCAGUGGAGCUGAUAUCUCCACGCGUUGCUAAUAUGAUGAGAGCAAUGACUCUGAACACAUGUGAACUCAGGGAGACGUACGCGAAGAUCGAGCAGUAUCGCGAUAAGUUCGUCGAACUUAUGAUGGAGAACGAUUUGGAUGCGUUGCUUUGUCCACCACAGGUUCUUAUAACUCCGAAACACGAUAUCCCUACCAAGCUGUUUUGCACCACGUCGUACACUGCUAUAUUCAACGUUCUCGACUUUGGCGCUGGUGUCGUGAACGUAACGAAAGUUAACGAGAAGGACGAUCAAGCGGUCCUAUCACACUAUCCGGACACUGAUCUUUGGUAUAGAAAGGCGAAAGAAGCCUCCAAGGAUUGUGUUGGAUUCCCUGUGAACGUACAAGUGGCUGCUCCACCGUACCGAGAAGAAAUCGUUCUACGUCUCCUACGAGAUAUUGAAAUCGCAGUCACUGGGAAAUAA